GCCAGUGAAUUGAUAAAAAAUCCUUUUGGAACUAAUAAUUAUUUCGUCUUUGGUAUUAUUUUACAAAUAAAUGGCAAAGCUUUUAACACCAACUUGGCAUUGUAUUGCUCUCUUACUGAAUCAAUAAAUUAGAUAAAGAAACGUGUAAUUGCAUCGGCCUUCUGGCGCACAGCUGCUGAGUGCUCAUUUCCUAUUUCACUUCAGAUGCAAAGUAUCUUCUACCUAAGUGCACAUCAGAAGCGUGUCGCGCGUUUCAGUUUCGAAGAAACGCCCGUGGUGGAGUGUUUCUCCGUCGACGACGAUGUAUCGACUACGAGAGAUACGGAGCGGCGGCGGAACGGAUUUUACCCGAUAUUCAUAGUGCACUGAUAAGAGAGAUAACGGAGCAAACCGUAUUUAUUCCACUCACAAAAUUAUCAGUUACAUGCCGAUUCUAAAGGAACACUCAUCAUGGUUCGCGAUCGUAUGCCCGAUUUGCGUGCGAGCCGAAGUAACAACAGUACCUUUGGCAGAGGGUUCUUGCAGGACGUGCAUCUUCAAAUAGCUCAGAACAAAAAGCUCAAGGAGCUACUCGACGAAGCCGAGGAAAUACGCACUCUGAUCCAACUCAUAGUCGAAAACGUUUCCAUCGUGAAGAACUUGCAUAACAAUAUCCUGUCGCACACGAACAAGGACUUACAAAAGGAAUUGGAGACUCGCACGUGUACGAUCUCGCAGACGGCUUUUCGCGUGCAGCGAAAGUUACGAGAUAUCGGGAAAGGUAUUACUGUCAUUGACGAUUUGACUGUGACGCAUGAUGAGCCUGUAUACACGAGAAUCAGGACGUUGCAAUAUACAACUAUGCUGCAAUCGUUUUCCGAGAUCAUGGCGGAUUAUAAUGCCUCGUUACUAAAGUAUCAUGAUAAGUGCCUCUUGCUCUUGCAACAGCAACGUACACUACUAAGGCGGCAGGUUACAAGCGUGGAAUUGGACCAUAUGCUCGAUGCCCAAGAAACUAGCUUAUUUGUCGAUAAUAUUUUAGAAGACAGCGAAAUAGCGAGGCAACAAUUGUCAGACAUAAAAAGUAGACAUAACGAUGUCCUGAAAUUGGAAAAAUCUCUCACAGAGAUUAGAGAUAUGUUUGCGGAAAUGGCAUUCCUGAUCGAGAAACAGGGAGAACAGAUUAACAACAUAGAAUAUUUUGCAAAUAAAACCACGGAUAACAUAGAUGGUGGACGCGUUCAACUGAGACAGUCAGAACAGAGAAAUCAUCGACAUAGAAAGCGAAAAAUCAAGAUUGCCAUUAUCAUAAGUGUAAUAGUGAUAAUUUUUCUUUUAUUUAUUAUUGCAUCGCUUUAGAAACUAUACAAGAUAUCUUAUAAAUAUAUAGUUUACACGAAUGUUUUAAUGUGUCAAUUAGGAAUAAAAAAUUUAUGUGAUUAAUUUA